AUGAGUAACGAAAAAUAUCUCAUUUUACCAGGUCCAAAAGCCUUAUCUCCUUUUAGGGUUAACAAUUUAGUUCAAGAAAUUGAAAAGAAAUUGAAUAAGCCUUCAGUUGUUAAGGAAGUUGUUUCUUCAUAUGUUCAUUAUAUUUCGUUGAAGGAAAAAUUAAGCGACAAACAAUUAAAUUUAGUUGAUGUUUUGUUGCAAUAUGAUACUCCGAUUGAUCUUUCGGGUGAGUUGAGUCAAAAAUUAGUGGAUAUUUCUACUAUAAGCGGCGAUGAUGUGGACUCGCAAAAGAAGUUUGACUUGGAGAAUGAUACUUAUAUCAUUAGAAUAUUACCAAGAUCCGGCACUAUUUCGCCGUGGUCAUCGAAGGCUACCGAUAUUGCUAACAUUUGUGGGUUGAAAGAUAAGGUCGAAAGAAUCGAACGUGGUUUAAAUUUACUUAUUAAGGUUGAAGCAGGGUUCCCAUUAUCAGAUUUCCUCUCGUCGGGUGAGAUUUUAACUUCAGUUUUCGAUAGAAUGACUCAAGUUUUGUAUUUAGGGGAUCAUUUCCCUAAGUACGAUGACUUAUUCGCUCAUCACUCACCAAAGCCAUUAGUUGAAAUUGAUUUGGUUUCAAGCACCGAUAAUUUGAUUAAAGCCAACAAAGAUAUGGGUUUAGCCUUGGAUAAGGGUGAACUUGAUUACCUUACUAAUGCGUUUACUCAGAUAAUUGGUAGAAAUCCAACCGAUGUUGAAUUAUUUAUGUUUGCUCAGGUCAACUCUGAACAUUGUCGUCACAAAAUUUUCAAUGCCGACUGGACAAUUGAUGGUGCUAAGAAAGAAUUAUCCUUAUUCAAAAUGAUCAGAAAUACCCAUUCAAAGAAUCCCCAAUAUACCAUUUCUGCUUAUUCUGACAAUGCUGCCGUGUUUGAAGGCCCAGAGGGUUAUGUCUUUACUCCAGAUUUUGAAACGAAACAAUGGAAGUCGAUUAAGGAAAAGGUUCACACAUUAGUCAAAGUUGAAACCCAUAAUCAUCCUACUGCCGUAUCUCCAUUUGCUGGUGCAGCAACUGGUUCUGGUGGUGAAAUCAGAGAUGAAGGUGCUGUUGGCCGUGGUUCAAAGUCCAAGGCUGGUUUAUCCGGGUUUUCGGUCUCAGAUUUAAAUAUUCCAGACUUACCACAACCUUGGGAAAGAGACGUCGGAAAACCAAAUCACAUUGCGUCGUCCUUAGAUAUUAUGAUUGAGGCUCCAAUAGGUUCAGCAGCAUUCAACAAUGAAUUUGGUAGACCAGCUAUUAAUGGUUACUUUAGAACUUUGACUACUGAAGUUGAAAAUCACAAGGGAGAAAAUGAAAUAAGAGGUUUCCAUAAGCCUAUUAUGUUGGCUGGUGGUAUGGGUGCUAUUAGACCGGACUUGGCAUUAAAGGACACUAAGAUUACACCAGGCGCUAAAAUAAUUGUUCUCGGUGGUCAAUCUAUGUUAAUCGGUUUAGGUGGUGGUGCCGCUUCAUCGAUUUCAUCGGGUGAAGGUUCUGCUGACUUGGACUUUGCUUCUGUUCAAAGAGGUAAUCCUGAGAUUCAAAGAAGAGCUCAACAGGUCAUUGACGCUUGUGUAUCUUUAGGAAGUAAGGGUACUCCAAUUCAAUCCAUCCAUGAUGUUGGUGCUGGUGGUUUAUCUAAUGCUUUGCCAGAAUUGGUCCACGAUAAUGGUUUGGGUGCUAAGUUCGAAUUAAGAUCAAUUUUAUCAUUAGAACCAGGUAUGUCUCCUAUGGAAAUUUGGUGUAAUGAAUCUCAAGAAAGAUACGUCUUAGGAGUUGCACCAGAAAACUUAGACAUGUUCAGUAAGAUUUGUGAAAGAGAAAGAGCUCCAUUUGCAGUUGUAGGAGAGGCCACCGAAGAACAAAGAUUAAUUUUAACUGAUUCUUUAUUAAAAUCAACUCCAAUUGAUUUAGAUAUGUCAGUGUUAUUCGGUAAGCCACCUAAGAUGUCAAGAACGGCGGUUACUCAGCCAUUAAAUUUGAAACCAUUUCCAACGAGUGAUUUGAAAUUAGAAGAAUCUAUUGAAAGAGUAUUGCAAUUGCCAUCAGUCGGUUCAAAGAACUUCUUAAUUACGAUUGGUGAUAGAUUUAUCACUGGUUUGGUCGAUCGUGAUCAAAUGGUCGGUCCAUGGCAAAUCCCUGUAGCUGAUGUUGGUGUUACUGCUACUUCGUUAGGUGAGACUGUCCUUUCUACAGGUGAAGCUAUAUCUAUGGGUGAGAAGCCAACCUUGGCUUUAAUUUCUGCUGCUGCAUCUGCUAAGAUGUGUGUUGCUGAAUCAUUAAUGAAUAUUUUUGCAGCAGAUAUUCCAGCAUUAGACAGAGUUAAAUUAUCUGCUAAUUGGAUGUCCGCAGCAUCCCAUGAUGGCGAAGGUUCUAAAUUGUACGAGGGUGUCAAGGCUAUUGGUUUAGAUUUAUGCCCAGACUUAGGUAUUUCCAUCCCAGUUGGUAAAGAUUCUAUGUCUAUGAAGAUGAAAUGGGAUGAUAAGGAAGUUACUGCACCAUUAGCCUUAACUGUUACCGCCUUUGCGCCUGUUGAUAACACUUCUAAAACUUGGACUCCACAGUUACAGAAUACUGGAGAAGAAACAACUUUAGUUUUAGUUGAUUUAGCAGCUAAUAUUAAAAAGUCUUUGGGUGGUUCUGCAUUGGCCCAGGUUUACAAAGAGGUUGGUGACUCAGCUCCAACUGUUCACUCUAAUUCAAUCUUCAAAUCGUUCUUGCAAACAUUGGUUGUUUUACAUAAACAGUUUAAUGUUUUGGCAUAUCACGACAGAUCAGAAGGUGGUUUAAUUACUACUAUUUUGGAAAUGGGAUUUGCUGGAAGAACUGGUAUUGAUUUGGAAAUUAGCGGCGAUGACUUAUUAACUGAGUUAUUCAAUGAAGAAUUAGGGGCUGUUUUCCAAAUUAAAUCAAGUGAAUACGAAAAUUUUGUUAAGAUAUUUGAAACGAAUGGUCUUUCAAAGGAUUUCAUUUCAACUGUUGGUAAGCCUAAUUUCGAAUCCAAGGUUCAAAAUGUCAACAUUAAAUUCAAUAAUGAAGUCGUUUACGAAAAGUCUCGUAGUGAAUUACAACAAUUAUGGGCAAAGACUUCGUAUCAUAUUCAAAAAUUAAGAGAUAAUCCAAAGACAACACAAGAGGAAUACGAUUCUAUUAAAGAUAACAGCGACCCUGGUUUAUCAUAUAAAUUAACCUAUAAGGUUUCUGACGAUUUGGGAGUUUCCAAGUUAACUACCAAACCAAAGGUUGCUAUCUUAAGAGAACAAGGUGUUAACUCACAACAAGAAAUGGCAUGGUGUUUCCAACAAGCUGGCUUUGAUGUUGUUGAUGUUCAUAUGUCAGAUAUCUUAAGUGGUAAAGUUACAUUGGAUGAUUUUGUUGGCUUAGCUGCCUGUGGUGGUUUCUCAUAUGGUGAUGUUUUAGGUGCUGGUGCCGGUUGGGCUAAAUCCGUCUUAUUCAAUGAAAGAGCGCGUAAUGAAUUUAGAAAAUUUUUCCAAGAUAGAGAGGAUACUUUUGCAUUCGGUGCCUGUAACGGGUGUCAAUUCUUUGGUAGAAUUGCAGAAUUGAUUCCUGGCACUGAAAACUGGCCAACUUUCGAAAAGAACUAUUCAGAACAAUACGAGGCAAGAUUUGUCAUGGUUGAAGUCACUGACGAUUCAAGCAAUUCCAUUUUCUUGAAUGGAAUGAAGGGUUCUAAAUUACCAAUUGCCGUUGCCCACGGAGAGGGUAGAGCAUUGUUCAAAUCAGAUAAUCUGAAACAACAGUUCGUCGGUUCCGGUUUGACUGCAGUUAGGUACGUUGACAAUUACGGUAAUGUAGCUAAAAACUACCCUUUCAAUCCAAAUGGUUCUCCAGAAGGUAUUGCCGGUAUUUCCUCACCAAACGGUAGAGUUUUAGCCAUGAUGCCUCACCCAGAAAGAGUUUGUAGAAAGGAAAGUAACUCAUGGUACCCAUCAGAACAGGGAGAAGAAUGGGGUAGUUAUGGUCCUUGGAUCAGAUUGUUCAGGUCCGCCAGAAAAUGGGUCGGUGACAACCAUUGA